GGUUAAAAAUUGUAUUUACUGCGUUAUGACAAAAUGGCAGCCUCCGUGUCGUUCCCUUUGCAAACAUCGGCUACCGGCAUCAUGCAAGAAAACGCAUCGGUUGAACAAGAACAAGACGCAAACUUAGCAUUAACUGACCUUGAUAAAGGCCUCCGUUCUGCCAAGCCUGGAGUCCAGUGUGAAUCUGUUAUCCGUUUUCCAAGACUGUUUGAGAAAUAUCCAUUUCCAAUUCUCAUCAACUCAGCCUUUCUCAGGCUAUCUGAUGUCUUUAGGGCUGGAAACAACUUUCUGAGAUGGUGUAUUCUCAGAGUGACACUACAGAGUGAGAAACAUCUAGACAAAAUCCUCAAUGUGGACGAGUUUGUACGGAGGAUAUUUUCUGUUAUACACAGCAAUGACCCAGUGGCUAGGGCCCUGACUGUCAGAACUUUGGGGAGCAUGGCUAGUGUGAUACCGGAGCGUAAGACAGUGCACCACACCAUUGUCACUGGCCUCGACUCCAACGAUCGUCUUGAGGUAGACGCAGCUGUGUUUGCAGCAAAGCGGUUUGCAGCUCAGUCACACACGUUUGCCGCCAACAUCUGUAGUAAGAUAGCGACUAUGAUAGAACAGAUAGCCACACCAGUGGACCUGAAGCUGAGACUGAUCCCCAUCCUCCAACACAUGCACCAUGACGUGGACACUGCAGCAAAGGCCAGAGGGGUGUGUCAGGAUCUACUUGCCAAAUUUCCUGCUCAGAAAUUCAUGACCUUGACCCUGCACACAAUGACACAACUAGCUGCUCAGUCAUUGGUGGAUAUCCAGUCACAUGUGCAGUUGCUGAUGUCCUGUCUGAGGAGAGAUCCCAGGACUGUGGUCAAGUUUGUCAUCCUAAGAGACAUGAACAGCCUGGCAAGGAAGACUCCUCACUUGUGGACACAUACAUCUGUGGAGGCCCUGUGUGAGUUUGUGUUGUCAGCGGAGUCCCUUGCCUUGAAGACUGCUGGUGUAGAGGUCUUGUCCACCCUGUCUGGCUCUGUGGCCUUCCAGCUCUACAUGCAGAAAGAUGUGUCGGAGAACCAGAUGAAGACAAUUCUAGAGGUCUGCAAUCUGUGUUACCUCUGUGACAACGCCAGUCUGUCAGCCUCAGCCACACACUUCUUCACAAACGUUGCCAUCUGUCACAAAAAGAGUAACUGUCCUGUAUGGAAUCCAGAUGAGAACAUUGUGUCUGGUGCUCGCCUCUCUCUCACAACUCAGAUCUGCCUGUCUGCCUGGAGUGCUGAUUCACAGGACCAGGCCGCUCUCAAGGUUUGUCUUCACUGUGCUGUCCGUCUGGCAGAGGUCUACCCUGAGACAGGCCCUUUCUUUGCUACAGAAAUAGUGCAGCUUCUAGAAAUGGCCAAUGAUAAGAACUGUCUAAUGCUGUGUGAAUGCCUAGCAGCCAUUGGAGAACAGAAUAGUGAUGUUAUUUUGGACAUCGUGCCACAGCUGCUCUACAUAUUCCAGAAUCUCAGCCAACAACCAAAAGUGUCAGGUCAGCUCAAGACUUACAUUGGCACAUUGCUGUUCCAAGCUGCCGAUGGUAAGCCUGUCCCAAUGAAUGUAAGAGAGCUUGUGAUUGGGUGUAUGGAAUCCUCCACUAGUCCCUGGUUUGCUUAUAAACUGGGUCGCCAAGCCAUGCGGUAUGGACAGUACCACGUGGCUACGGAUCUAUUCAGCAUGCUGUCGCGGAGGGUGGCAUCAGAGCACUUCCACUUCUGGAUGCUGGGAUUACACGAGAUCUGUGAUGCUGAGGCUCACCUCUGUGACACUGGAACAGGAAGUGAUGUCAUCAGGAUAGAUGAUACCAUGAUGCAUUACCAGAAGGGACUAGCUGCUCUCAAAGCAGCAGCAACACCCAACUCCCCACUCCAGUUCCAGUGCUGGUAUGUACGUCUGAGGACAGAACUGCUCCAGGCCCACUGCCAGCUGGUGCGAAACUGUAACACUUUUCGCACCUGUCCUCCACCUGCAAUCUCCACCGCUCUCGCCAUGUCACGUGGUCGUGAGAUCUCUCGCUGUGGCCAGAUCCUGUCUCAGCUCAACAAGAGUAUGGGUGACUACGAGAACCUGAGCACCAAGUUUUCUGCCCUGUACCAAUCAUCCUUUGAUGCUGACCCGCAUACACUGAGGAACAUCAUUUUACUCCAGCAGUGUUGUGAGGUGAUGAAAUCAGCAAUAUUGACUGUUGUCAAGCCAGACUCACCAGGGUGUCAUCAGCAGAUUUGGAUGCCAACAACUUCUAGCCACAAGGACCAGCUUAGUAAGGCAGUUCAGCAAGUACAGCUAAACAUAGAUAGCUUCUUACAGGCGGAUCAUGGUCCAGCUCUCACACACAAGCACAUCGACCUGUUACUACAGGCUGUGAAGGGUUUCAUACAGGCCACUUUUAGGUUUCCCAGGUUCUUCUUCCAGCGUCUACAGUGCACCACACUAAAGCUGGCAGUGUCUCCUCAGCAGAAUGCCCAGAUGGAGCCUAUCCUCAUCCACCACGACACAUUCCUCACACUCAAGGUAGAGGGCAUCGUCCAGCAUGGUCAGCGUCGCGAGCUGUACCGCAGUGUGGGUCAGGUUCGACUGACCGUCACAACCACACUGGUCAACAGAAACCAAAUUAGCACAGACUCCAAGCAGAUGAACGACUCCCUGACGACAAACACCUUGAGCCAGAGUGUGUCGCCACACAAUGAUUACUUCAGUGUGAGUUUCCUACUGGCGUUUCCUAUCAGUGGAGUACACUCUGUGUCUAUAGAGGCAGCAGUGGAGGAUCGGGACGGAGCUCUCUGGUGCACCGGCCCAAAGGUCUGCAUCACUGUAAAGUCUUACGACGACGCCAUGAUGAAGAAACCAAAAAGUGCAUCCGUAAGGACUUCAUUUGGGCAGAUGCCUGGACACUCGUGAUCAUUACACAGAGUUCAUUUUCUGUGAUGAAACCAAAUGUGUUCUUGUUUGAUGGUGACAGAAAUUAGGCUUUUCACCAGAGGAAAUUUAGUUCAGAUCUGAUAAUGUAAUGUUGAAAACAUGAACGUAUGACAUGUAUCUUGCAUAAUCUGAAGUUGUGACCAUAGUCCUUGAGUCAUAAACAAUACAGGCAAUAAUAUACAUUUGCUUCGAAAAGAUUAUUUUUUCACAAUUUUUUGGAUCUCAUUUAAUGGUAUCCAGAUGGAGGGAGAUACUCAAAUGUGGAUGGAGGUUGGUGCACCGUCCAUGCACGGGAGACAACAUUUGUAUGUGACAAGGAAAUCUCGUGUCUUCUGGUCUCUUUAACUGGUAGGAUCCUGAUGGAAACAUGACAUUUGUUUUGAAAUGUUACACUGAAUUCAUAUGUAAUAAAAACAGUGUUAAAUUUAUAAACAAGAUUCUAGUCUAAAUUUUACAGCAAUCACAU